UCUCUCUCUCUCUCUCUCUCUCUCUCUCGAAACAUUUCCGAAAAAUUUGAAGGCUGCAGCGAAAUAGUAGUGAUAACUGAUAAGCCUCCGGAGAAUCCAUAAUUUUCUCUCUCUAAAUUUCUCUUUCUGUCACUCUCUCACUUCACCAACUCCCAUCCAUCGCCACCUUCCCCCCGCUAGAUUUCGGGGGUCGUCGCAUUGUCUCAGAGGUCCCGGUUAUGCCCUAGAUUCGGUGCGAAUCCGUCGGUCUUCGCCAGAUCUGAGUCCCGAAGCACCGGAUCAGAGACUCGCAAAAACCCUAAUUCCGUCCGUCGGGAGGCUCCGAUGGAGGAAGCUCUGGAACUCGCGCGAGCCAAGGACACGAAGGAGCGGAUGGCCGGCGUCGAGCGCCUCCACCAACUGCUGGAGGCCUCGAGGAAGAGCCUCACUUCGUCGGAGGUGACGGCGCUCGUCGACUGCUGCUUGGAUCUUCUCAAGGACAACAACUUUAGGGUCUCCCAGGGCGCUCUCCAGGCCCUAGCCUCCGCCGCCGUUCUAUCUGGCGAGCACCUCAAGUUGCACUUCAAUGCACUUGUCCCCGCCGUCGUCGAGCGCUUGGGGGAUGCUAAACAACCUGUUCGUGACGCUGCCCGGAGGCUCUUGCUCACUCUCAUGGAGGUUUCUUCUCCGACAAUCAUAGUUGAGAGGGCAGGUUCUUACGCCUGGACGCAUAAAAGUUGGAGGGUUCGAGAGGAGUUUGCGCGGACAGUCACCUCAGCAAUUGGUCUUUUUGCAUCCACUGAGCUCCCUCUUCAGCGUGCCAUACUUCCUCCGAUUUUGCAGAUGUUGAAUGAUCCAAAUCCUGCUGUUCGGGAAGCUGCUAUAUUGUGUAUUGAGGAGAUGUAUACACAAGCUGGGACUCAAUUCCGGGACGAACUACAUCGCCAUCAUCUUCCCUUGUCUAUGGUAAAAGACAUUAAUGCCAGGUUAGAGAGAAUUGAACCUAAAGUUCGUUCUUCAGAUGGACUCUCAGGCAAUUUUCCCACUGGAGAGAUAAAACACAUGACUGUUAACCACAAGAAAAGUAGUCCAAAGGCAAAAAGUUCUACAAGGGAGAUGUCACUUUUUGGAGGAGAAGAUGUCACUGAGAAAACCACAGAACCCAUUAAAGUUUACUCAGAGAAGGAAUUGAUAAGGGAGAUGGAGAAGAUUGCUUCUACACUUGUGCCAGAGAAAGACUGGUCCAUCCGUAUUGCUGCAAUGCAAAGAGUUGAAGGCCUUGUUUGUGGAGGUGCUGUUGACUAUCCAUGUUUUCGGGGACUAUUAAAGCAACUUGUUGGCCCCCUUAGCACACAAUUGUCGGACCGGAGGUCUAGCAUAGUGAAGCAGGCUUGCCAUCUUUUAUGUUUUUUGUCGAAGGAGCUAUUGGGAGAUUUUGAGUCAUCUGCAGAGACGUUUAUUCCAGUCCUUUUCAAGCUGGUUGUGAUUACUGUACUUGUAAUUGCAGAGUCUGCAGAUAACUGCAUAAAAACGAUGUUGCGCAACUGUAAAGUUGCACGUGUGCUUCCUCGUAUGGCUGAUUGUGCAAAGAAUGACCGCAGUGCAAUUCUCCGAGCAAGGUGUUGUGAAUAUGCAUUGUUGAUAUUAGAACACUGGCCUGAUGCUCCUGAAAUACAGCGGUCAGCUGAUCUGUAUGAAGACUUUAUAAAAUGUUGUGUCGCAGAUGCAAUGAGUGAGGUACGCUCAACCGCAAGGAUGUGCUACAGAUUGUUUUCAAAGACCUGGCCAGAGCGUUCACGACGCUUGUUCUCAUCGUUUGAUCCAGUUAUUCAAAGGUUGAUCAAUGAAGAGGAUGGGGGUAUGCAUAGACGACAUGCUUCUCCUUCUGUUCGAGAUAGAGGUGCACUGACAACAUUUAGUCAGCCAUCUGCUCCCCCAACUUUACCGGGAUAUGGAACUUCUGCAAUUGUUGCAAUGGACAGAACUUCAAGUUUAUCCUCUGGAACAUCUCUAUCUUCCGGAUUACUCCUCUCACAGGCAAAGUCGCUAGGUAAAGGUUCUGAACGCAGUCUGGAAAGUGUGUUGCACUCAAGCAAACAGAAGGUCACUGCAAUUGAAAGCAUGCUUAGAGGGUUGGAUUUGUCUGAUAAACAUAAUUCUUCAACGAUCAGGUCAUCUAGCCUGGAUCUAGGAGUUGAACCUCCAUCAGCUCGUGAUCCACCAUACCCUGCCUCUCUCCCAGCUUCUAAUAAUCUGACAAACUCUUUAAUGACAGAUUCGACUGCCUCUACUAUCAGCAAAGGUAGUAACCGCAAUGGUGGAUUGGUUUUGUCUGAUAUUAUCACUCAAAUUCAAGCUUCAAAAGAUUCUGGUAAAUUAUCAUAUCGAAGUAACGCCUCAGCUGAAACUUUGCCAGCAUUUUCAUCAUAUACGGCGAAGAGGGCUUCUGAGAGACUCCAAGAAAGGGGUUCCAUUGUAGAGAUCAAUGACAUUAGGGAGGCCAGAAGAUAUAUGAACCCUCAAGGUGAUAGGCAGUAUUUAGACAUGCCUUACAAAGAUGGGAACUUUAGAGAUUCACAGAACAGUUACAUUCCUAAUUUCCAGAGGCCACUUCUGAGAAAGCAUGUGUCUGGACGGAUGUCAGCCGGCAGGAGGAGAAGUUUUGAUGAUAGUCAACUGUCACUUGGGGAGAUGUCAAAUUAUGUUGAUGGUCCUGCAUCUCUUAGUGACGCCCUGAGCGAGGGACUUAGUCCAUCCUCUGACUGGUGUGCUAGGGUUGCUGCAUUCAAUUAUCUUCGGUCUUUGCUGCAGCAAGGCCCCAGAGGUAUUCAAGAAGUAAUUCAGAAUUUUGAGAAGGUAAUGAAAUUGUUUUUCCAACACCUGGACGAUCCCCAUCACAAAGUUGCACAGGCAGCUCUUUCAACUCUUGCAGAUAUAAUUCCAUCUUGCCGAAAGUCCUUUGAGAGUUACAUGGAAAGGAUUCUGCCCCAUGUCUUUUCACGGUUAAUUGAUCCCAAGGAAUUAGUUAGGCAACCUUGCUCAACAACAUUGGACAUUGUAAGCAAAACGUACGGAAUAGAAUCUCUCUUGCCAGCUUUGCUCCGGUCAUUAGAUGAACAGCGGUCACCAAAGGCCAAAUUGGCUGUUAUUGAGUUUGCGAUUGGUUCCUUUAACAAGAAUGCGGUUAAUUCUGAAGGCUAUUUUAACAGCGGUAUCUUAAAAUUAUGGCUUUCCAAGUUGACACCGUUGGUCCACGAUAAAAAUACUAAACUGAAAGAGGCAGCCAUCACCUGCUUCAUAUCUGUCUACUCCCACUUUGAUUCAACUGCUGUCCUCAAUUUUAUUCUUAGUUUAUCGGUUGAAGAACAAAACUCUCUAAGACGAGCUUUGAAACAGAAAACUCCUCGCAUCGAAGUGGACUUAAUGAACUUUUUGCAGAGCAAGAAAGAGCGACAAAGGUCCAAAUCCUCGUAUGACCCAUCUGAUGUUGUUGGAACAUCUUCUGAAGAUGGAUAUAUUAGUGCAUCAAAGAAAAGCCAUUACUUUGGAAGGUAUUCUGCUGGUUCUGUUGAUGGUGAUAGUGGCAGGAAGUGGAAUUCUAGCCAAGAAUCAGCCUUGGUAACGAGCAGCUUUGGCCAAGCUGCUUCUGAUGAGAUUCAAGAGAACUUGUAUCAGAAUUUUGACGCUGGUUCUAACAAUGAUCUUCUCAAUUUGAAAAACAAGGAUCUAACCUACAGCACUAAUUCUCUUGGUCAGAACUUGGGCUCCAGGACUAGUGUGCUUGAAAGUAUUGACGGCAGUGUAAACAUAGAGGGUUCUUCAACCCCUCGACUGGUUGUCAAUGAUAUGAUAGGCUUGGAACACGCAGGGCUUACAGAAAGCAUUGGACAUGAUACUGAAGCUCCAUGUGAUUUGGACAAUAAUAAUCAUAAACUUAAAAAUAUCAAGGUUAACUCAAUGCCAGAGUCAGGUCCCAGCAUUCCUCAAAUUCUUCACCUGAUUUGUAAUGGAUCUGAGGAAAGUCCUAGCACAAGUAAGCGUGGUGCACUUCAGCAGUUAAUUGAAGCUUCUAUGGCUAAUGAUUACUCAAUUUGGACUAAGUACUUCAAUCAGAUUUUGACAGUUGUGCUUGAGGUGUUGGAUGAUUCUGAUUCCUUGAUCCGUGAACUCUCUCUCUCACUGAUUAUUGAAAUGCUUAAAAACCAGAAAGAUGCUAUGGAAGACUCUGUUGAGAUCGUAAUUGAGAAGCUGCUUCACGUUACCAAGGAUAUAGUUUCUAAAGUGUCAAACGAAGCGGAGCACUGUUUGACCACUGUCUUGUCUCAGUAUGAUCCAUUCAGAUGCUUAAGUGUUAUUGCCCCUUUACUGGUGACUGAAGAUGAGAAAACUCUGGUUACUUGCAUUAAUUGUUUGACUAAGCUUGUGGGUCGGCUCUCACAAGAGGAACUGAUGGGUCAGUUACCUUCCUUUUUGCCUGCUCUGUUUGAAGCUUUUGGUAACCAGAGUGCUGAUGUUCGUAAGACUGUUGUUUUCUGUCUAGUGGAUAUAUAUAUCAUGCUUGGGAAAGCAUUCUUGCCAUACUUGGAAGGGCUUAAUAGCACGCAGUUGAGGUUGGUCACUAUUUAUGCAAAACGAAUAUCACAGGCGAGGACAGGGACUCCGAUAGACACGAAUCAUGAUUAGGUGGUUCGUUUGGAUAAAAAUUGUGGGUUUGAGGUUUUGGUCAUUUGUGUAUUUUGUAUAUUGUGUGAAUGCAUUUUGAAGGUGGGUUGUUCGUCUUUUUCCUAUUCUUUCCUAAUAUUUUUGUAAUUCUUUUAUCUUUUCAUUUUUCUCUUGUUUGUUUGGCUUGGAGGCAGAGUGUUUUUUGUUGGGAAACAAAUAUUGUUUGGUGUAAUUUACAUUUGCCCAACAGUAUUUAUGAUGUGGAAGAAAUGAGGUUUUGCAAUGUCCAUACUUUUCAAACGAA